AAGUUUUAAAGCCUGCGGGCCAGCGGGCGACUUAGCUGCAAGAUGAGGCUGCCCUGCGAGGUGGAGGUCCGUAGCUGUCAUUUGCCAACCUUAGGGCUCAAGAGCCGAGGCAAGGGCGUGCGAGCGGUGGUGAGCCUGUGCCAGGCCCCGGGCAGGAAUGAGCUGCAGCCUGAGGCAAGAGCAGAGCCGGGCGGCCACGCCUGCCUGCUGGUCUCCACCAUGAAGGACAGGCAGGGAACCAGCUACAAGCUAAGAGAGAACAUUGAGCAGCUCUUCACCAAAUUUGUGGAUGAGGGGAAAGCCACUGUCCGGCUAAAGGAGCCUCCUGUGGACAUCUGUCUGAGUAAGGCCAAUCCUGGCAAUUUAAAGACUUUACUUUCAGCUAUGAGACUGGCUCAUAGAGGCUGUGACGUCAACACACCACUCUCAACACUAAAACCAGUGAAGACUUCAGAAUUUGAAAAAUAUAAAACCAAAAUGGUUAUCACAUCCAAAAAGGAUUAUCCUCUAAGCAAGAACUUUCCAUAUUUUCUGGAACACCUUCAGGCUUCUUACUGUAGCCUUGCCCGAGUUGAUAUGCGUAUGCUGUGCUUAAAAAAUCUUACGAAGUUAGACCUGAGUCACAACUGUAUAAAAAAACUUCCAGCUACAAUUGGAGACCUCACCCACCUUCAAGAGCUUAACCUUAAUGACAAUCAGCUGGAGACCUUUAGUGUGCCCUUGUGUACUUCCACACUCCAGAAGUCACUUCACAGUUUGGAUCUCAGCAAGAACAAAAUCAAAGCGCUCCCUGUGCAGUUUUGUCAAUUCCGGGAACUUACUAACUUAAACCUUAAUGAUAAUGAAUUGAUUCACCUUCCUUUCAAGAUAGGACAGCUAACAAACCUCCGUUUUCUAUCAGCAGCUCGAAACAAACUUAGAAAUCUACCCUCUGAAUUUAAAAUGUUAUCCCUGGAGUACUUGGAUCUUUUUGGGAAUACUUUUGAAAAACCAGAAGUCAUUCCAAUUAUAAAGCUUCAAGUACCAUUAACUUUACUGGAAUCAUGUGAACAAGCUGUGCUAUUCUAUAGGAUUCCAUAUGGCCCUGAUAUAAUUCCUUACCAUCUUUGUCAAGAUUUGGAUACUGCCAAAACCUGUGUCUGUGGAAGAUUUUGUCUCCAAUCUUUCAUUCAAGGAACGACUACAAUGAACCUACACUCUGUUGCGCACACUGUGGUCUUAGUAGAUAGUAUGGGAAGAACGGAAGCUCCUGUUGUCUCUUACUUUUGUUCUCUAACCUGUUUUGUAAAGUCCUCUGAUAUGUUGAACUAAUUAAUGUAAUAUCAGAAAGGUUUCUAGAUGUAUAUCAGUUGAGUAUUCAUUUAUGCUUUACCAGUAACAAAUUAGAGAAAGGAAAGCAUUUUGUAUAUUUGUAUGGUAAGAAAAUGUAUAUUAUGUUAGCAUUUUCAACAUUUGACUCGAAUUUUAAUUUAAUUAAAGCUGAAUUUAGUUUUGGAAGUAUAU